UCUGAUUCCCCAUAGCGAUUCAUCCGAGCACUGCAGUUGUCAGUAGCUACAGUACGUUUUCCCGGGUCCAUGUUGAAGUUUGUUAACCCAGACUUUCUCGCAUACUCGCUUCGUCAGGUCAUUCCAGGGCACGCGUUGCAUCCGUUUGACCCCGCUCACAGGUAGAAGAAAACCGACUACACCCGCGCGAACUCAGUUGGAGAGGAAUGCACCAGUGGAGUGUUGGAAAAUAACAUUUCUGUUUGCCGACCUGCGUAUGAGGGCUCUGUCUGGUGGGGCUCGGCAGCUCCUCAACCCGGCCUGGAGACUCCUCGGCUCCCUCCCUCCCUACCUCCCUCUGGCUCCAAUGGUGUAAGCUGAUGCAUCACCGUGGGGGAUUCUGACACUCUGCACACAGCCCAGUAUCAGAAGGCAGGGGAGGGUAUGAGAAUGGUGUCUAGGCCCUGAAGCCCAGCAGCAUGUCAGAGCAAGGAGACAAAUGCACCACCCCCCGCUGGAAACAUGAGGCCAUGCAAAAUGGGUACAUCCCCAGUUACCUGGACAAGGACGAGUUAUGUGUAGUAUGUGGGGAUAAAGCUACAGGAUAUCACUAUCGCUGUAUCACCUGUGAAGGAUGCAAGGGUUUCUUCCGGCGGACGAUCCAGAAGAACCUGAACCCGACGUACGCUUGUAAGUACGAGGCAAAGUGCGUCAUCGAUAAGGUGACCAGGAACCAGUGCCAGGAAUGCCGCUUCAAGAAGUGCAUCGCUGUCGGCAUGGCAACAGACUUGGUGCUGGACGACAGCAAGCGGCUCGCCAAGCGGAAGUUGAUCGAGGAGAACCGUGAGCGGCGGCGGAAGGAUGAGCUCCAGAAGACGGUGUGGGACCGGCCUGAGCCGUCCCAGGAGGAGUGGGACCUGAUCCGCAUGGUCACUGAGGCCCACAUGUCAACUAACGCCCAGGGCAACCACUGGAAACAGAAACGCAAGUUCUUGGUCGAGGAAGCAAUGCUACUUAAUGAAAUAACAUGUAAUUUAUUCUAUACUUCUGACCAGAGUGCAGUGGGGGUGAAGGAAACCAAGCCUGAGGACAUUGGUCAAGCACCGGUCAUAAAUGCACCUGAAGGGAGCAAAGUGGACAUUGAAGCCUUCAGUCAGUUUACAAAAAUUAUCACCCCCGCCAUUACCCGAGUGGUGGACUUUGCCAAAAAGCUGCCUAUGUUCUGUGAGCUGCCUUGUGAAGACCAGAUUAUCCUAUUGAAAGGCUGCUGCAUGGAGAUCAUGUCUUUACGGGCGGCCGUUCGCUAUGACCCCGAGAGCGAGACGCUGACACUUAACGGGGAGAUGGCCGUGACCCGCGGCCAGCUGAAGAACGGAGGCCUGGGUGUGGUGUCGGAUGCCAUCUUUGAUUUGGGCGUGUCGCUGUCGUCGUUCCACCUGGACGACUCUGAGGUCGCUCUGCUACAGGCCGUCAUCCUCCUGUCCUCCGACCGUCCGGGGCUGACCAGCGUGGAGCGUAUUGAGCGCUGUCAGGAGGAGUUCCUUCUGGCCUUUGAACAUUACAUCAACUACCGCAAACACAAGGUGGCGCAAUUCUGGCCCAAGCUGCUGAUGAAGGUGACGGACCUGCGGAUGAUCGGGGCGUGCCACGCCUCCCGCUUCCUGCAUAUGAAGGUGGAGUGCCCCAACGAACUCUUCCCCCCACUCUUCCUGGAGGUUUUUGAGGAUUGACGGACAGACGGGCCCACACACCCUGCCGAGGUGUGUGUCAGAGUGUGUGUGUGCGUGGGCGCCUGGCCGGGGCUACGACAGUGGCCUCAGAGUGGCUCUAGGCGUCUUGGGACACGUUGUUGGAACUCUCAUUAGCACUACUGAGUCACUUCAUUCCAUACCUUAGGUGUAGCCUAGCUUCUCAGCCUAGUUCUUAUGGAUGGAACCAUCCCUUAUGAUGCGGGUACAUGUGAAUAGCAUUUUCUUUUGGUUUUUAUUUUGUAAAUGUUUCACUUCUCAGUUCCUUCUCUAUAAGUUUUUGUUGUGUUAAUUGUACAGUCUAAUUUCUGUCGUCGACGGUGCUCGUUCAGUCAGUCAUACAAACCAUGCAACGUGUAGUGUUUCAUUUUAGUCCAUUUUAAUAGCGAAUGCUGACUCCACCAACACUGAGAAGGUCAGUGACAGACAGCAGAAGCCAGCUAACCAGCAUUAUUCCCUUCCAUUUCGCAUUCUCUUCCUACGAUACUUCCCCAGUCAAGGGAUGUGGAGUAGCUUUCAUACAGGUGUCCAUCUGAUGCUGGUGUUCUGUGAGGGCUACAGUUGAAGUUGGAAGUUUACAUACACUUAGGUUGGAGUCAUAAAAACUUGUUUUUCAACCACUCCACAAAGUUCUUGUUAACAAACUAUAGUUUUGGCAAGUUGGUUAGGACUACUAC